GUUUGCAUCGCUAUUAUUUCAGAUAGAGCAGACCAUGAACACCGACGAACGAAACUUUCGAUCCAGCUACUAUGAAAAGUGCCUGAUCAACAGCGUAGAGGAGAAGAAGUCGCUAAACAAACUCCUCCAGGAUGACGUCCGCAACCUGAACAAGCUUAAGCAGUUCUGCAUGAACUACACAGUGCCCAACAUCCACAGGAGCUAUCUAUGGGCUCUCGUCAUGGGCAUUCAGCCGCUCCACAAGGCAUCUACGGCAUACAUUCGCGACCAGAGGCGCGAGAUGUACGAGGAUCUGCUGCGGGCCGUGACUGUGCUUCGGUGUGCCGACCAGAAGGAGAAGGAACUGGUGAUGCACACCAUGUGGCUGCUGGAGUCCAAUCGACUGUGGCACGGCAAUGCAGGUGCCAGUCUGCAAGCGGACGACACACACUUCAUCGAAAUCGUGCGUACCCUGCUCCCGAUAUUCAACGACGACGUGGAGACCUAUUGGAUAGCCAAGGGAUUCUACAAGUACACCCGAGAGCUAAAAAAGGAGUGCGGCAAGCUGAAGGAGCAGACACAGAUUAUGCUUAAGCGCGAGGAUCAGUCCUUAUUUAACCACCUGGAGGAGUUGGGCCUGUUCGAUGGCAACUCAACGCUGCUGGACAACUGGUACAUAACUUGCUUUGCUGGCGUCAUCUGCGAGAAUGUUUUGGUUAAGAUCUGGGACAAAGUCUGUGGUGGCUCCCGCAAGAUUGUGGUUUUCCUUUUCGUAGAACUAGUCAAGGACAUCAAGUCCCUAUUACUUAAGCAAAAAUCGCUGACAGACGUCAAAAGACUGAUAGAAACGGUGAAGGAUAUCGACGGUGUCAUCGUAAACAAGGCCAUCAAAUCUCUACAAAACAACAGCAGCGAAGUCGAGUACACUCAUUAAGUAAUUCUACAACAUUUUUAUAUCGGACAUAUAAGGAACCAAAGCAACUAAAUGUAUUUGAA